AUGUCGAAUGCCCAACCAGACACCAACAACCGCGACUGGACCGAGUUGCCAGAAAAUGAAGCGGUGGACCAGGCUGUCGACCUCCCAGAGACAACUGGGAUGGUACUGGAUAAGACGGCAAGGUUUCUGGAAAACAAAGGGGAUUUUGACGCGUGGCUGAACUCUGCCUUCCUGAUCUUGGGGGCUCGUGGUCUCGAGAAACUCAUCGACAUCAGUAUCCCAAGGCCCAGAAGAGACGACCCCAAUGCACCACGAUGGUUAAAACAUUCGAGACAAGUGCAACAAUGGCUAGCGGGAAAUAUGUCAGACACCAUCUUCCGGAACAUCAAAGCUCAGGGAAAGCGUGUCGAACUUGCCGAUGAAUUCGUGGACCUCGCAAAACGUGUGCUCCGGGACUACGGCCCGUACGCGGACAUCGAGACAAUUUCGACUUUCCUUUCCAUGAAUCGCUCAGACCAUGCCACCACAAGGCAAUUUGUGGCGGUUUUCGAAACACAAUACACUCGUUUGGAAAGCCACGUUGACAUCGCACCCUACCUGGCUAUGUGUAUACUUCUGAGCAAAUUGAACACGGAAGAGAACAAAGAAAUCGUGGCUUUUGCAGUCCGAGAGAUGAAAAAAUCUCCAACCGGUGGAAAUCUACGGCGUGAUUUCACCCUUCCGGAUUUUCGAAAAACCUGUUUUGAUAUCAGAUUAAAGCUUGAGAACAAAGCUAUUGCGAAGAAUCAUCAGAAAGAUCAACCUCGGUUAGUCCGGCCUCGGGUGGUGCAACCUGAGCCAGCUUCUCAGCGGAAAGUGCGUCCAGCUGAUCGAGGAAGAAAAGCGCCGCCCCCAGAUGUUGACGCUUAUGAAUAUGCAAAAGCCUGGCGCAAUUUGCCAACACAGAAGACUGGAACCGGUGAAUGUACUUAUUGCGAAGUUUUGCGCCACAAAACGUCAAAUUGCUGGUACAUCAACCAUGUUCGCCGGCCCCGAGACUGGAAGCCGACUCUGAAUCUUUGGGUCUAUGAGCCAUUCUCAAAUACUGGAAAGGAGACAAGGGAAGAUAGCUCGAAGGUGGAGAAGGGAGAUCAGAAUUCAAAAGAUGGACCCAAUGCCCUGGCUGCAUCUUUUCUGACCGGUCACAUUGUCAGUACCACAAGUGCCUCAGUCACAGAGGAGCCGUCCAAAUCUGUGAUGCCGCACGGUAUCGACCUUGGUGCCCCGUAUUCGUUUUUACUGAGCCCUGGCAGAUGGAUUGUUGACACGAGCAUUUCUCAACACAUUUGCGCUGACAGAACAUCAUUCAUCGAUUACCACGAAUAUGACCAUGUUGACACUCCUUUUGAGUGGGUCAACCCAGCAGGAAAAAGGUCUAGAGCCCACGGCACCGGAAAGGUUAUCAUAGGCCUGUUGCUUGCGAAUGGGCGCAUCAAUGAUUUUAUUAUUGAAUGUGUCUAUCAUCCCGACUGCCGACUUAGCCGAUUCUCUCCAACCAUGGCCAAGAAGGAUUUAAACAUCGGAUACAAUGGCAAGACGUUGACGUUGCAUGAUCUGGUGCAUGAUAAUAAGGUCGUUGGCCAUGUGAUCAGGGAGAACGGGAUCCCAGUUCUUCGCACGUCAUCCUGUCUUGUCAAGAGAGAGCCACCCGAGAGCGCUGUUGCGAGUAGCCUUGAUAGGCAGACCAGCUCCCAGAAGGAUAACACCUUGCUUGGCAGUGCAGUGACAAGGACAUCUGAUGCGAAACCCCUGUCCGGCUUGAUCAGCUCCCACCGCGCUGCGUGA